AUGUCUCAGAAGUAUGAUUUAAGUCUCAUUAAAGAAGUAGCUCCAAAUACGUAUGAAAUUCCAAUUGGAUUUGUUCCAAAUAUGAAAGUCCCUGGACGUUUCUUUGCCUCUCCAGAGAUUUUUCAACUUGCAAUAAAAGAAGUUGAAGAAUGGAACGAAAACCAAAAAUCUGGACUUCCUUCUAUCUUACAAGUUGCCCACGUUUCAACAUUACCAGGAAUUGCGAAGUAUUCUUUAGCCAUGCCAGAUAUGCACAGUGGAUACGGAUUUUCAAUAGGUGGUGUAGCUGCUUUUGACUUAUCCGAUCUUGAAUCAAUUGUUUCUCCUGGUGGAGUAGGCUACGAUAUUAACUGUGGAGUAAGAUGUCUCGUUACUAACCUAAGUUACACCGAUAUCGAGCCAAAAAUCGAUGAAUUGGUUGACGAAAUCUACAAGAAUGUUCCUUGUGGUGUUUGCGGAAAGAAACAAGACUUUAUUAAAAUGUCUGAUCUUAAUCACAUUCUUGUUAAAGGUGCAAAGUGGGCUGUCGAGAACUUUUACGGUGUACAAGAAGAUCUCGAUAAUUGUGAAGAAAAUGGAUGCAUGCCUGGAGCAGAUCUCAAAUUAAUUUCCCAAAAAGUCAAAGGAUCCGGAAUAAAUCAACUCGGAACACUUGGAUCAGGAAAUCAUUACGUUGAAAUACAAAGAAUUCAAGAAAUUUACGAUGAAAGUGCCGCUCAAAUCUUAAAUCUCAAGAAAGACCAAAUUGUCAUCAUGAUACAUUGCGGAAGUCGCAAUAUUGGUAAGAGACUUGCCACAGAAUACAUAAAUCAAAUGAUAGAAGAGAACCCAGACGAAGUUGCAAAAUUACCCGACUCCCAGCUCGUUUCUUCAGCUGCAAGUAGCAAGACUGGAGCUGCCUACAUCUCAGCGAUGGCCUGCGCUGCUAAUUUCGCUUGGUGCAACAGACAAAUUAUUACUCAUUUUGUUAGAGAGUCAUUUAAGAAAGUUCUUGGCAGAAAUGAUCUUAAAGUCGACCUAUUAUACGAUGUUGCCCAUAAUAUUGCCAAAAUAGAGAAGCACAUCGUUGAUGGAGUCGAAAAAGAAUUUAUUGUACAUAGAAAAGGCGCCACACGCUCAUUUGGACCAAACAGACCUGAAAUACCAUCAAAAUACAGACCGAUUGGCCAGCCAGUACUAAUUGGAGGCUCAAUGGGAACUGCAUCUUAUAUUCUUCUAGGAACCGACGGCGCCAUGGAGAAAACCUUUGGCUCCACAUGCCACGGAGCAGGAAGAACUCUCUCAAGAUCGAAAGCAAGUAGAGAUAUAACUGAAGAACACGUAAAAGAAGAAUUAGAAGAAAAAGGAGUAAAAUACAGGGCAGCAGGUAAUAAAACAUUGCUUGAGGAAGCCCCAGAAGUGUAUAAAGAUAUCGACGAAGUCAUAGAUAUUUGCGAAACAACUGGAAUUUCCAAGAAAGUUGCAAGGACUGUUCCUCUUGGCGUAAUUAAAGGUUAA